AGUGAACGGAGCCGUGAACGCGCCGCAGUGUCAGAGCUGCAGCAGCGCCGAGGAAACGCAACCGAGAGUGUGUCAGUUGUUUUGAGGUUGUUCUCGGCUCGUUUUUGGAGACAUGGCAGCAGGGAGGAUGCGCUCCACUCGCAGACUUCGUAACUGGAUUGUUGAACAGGUGAGCAGUGGUAAAUAUCCGGGGCUGAUGUGGGACGAUGACGCUAAAACUAUGUUCCGCAUCCCAUGGAAACACGCUGGAAAACAGGACUUCCGCAAAGAUGAGGACGCCGCCAUCUUUAAGGCAUGGGCAGAGUUUAAGGGGAAGCUGACGGAAGAGGGGCGCGACAACCCGGCCUCCUGGAAGACCCGUCUGCGCUGCGCCCUCAACAAGAGUCCAGAGUUUACAGAGGUGAUGGAACGAGCUCAGCUGGAUAUCUCGGAGCCCUACAAGGUCUACCGCCUCGUCCCUAUCAGCGAGCAGGGUUUGGUGACGCCUGAAAAGAAAUCCAGAGAUAAACCGACAAAGAGACCGAAAAGAAGGAGCAGCGAGUCGGAGAGCGAUGACGUCGGUCAAGUCAAGCAGAUAAAGACGGAGGCGGUCUCGUCUCAGCUGAGUAUUGAAGAGCUUCUGCUGCACAGUGACAAUGACGUCCAAUCAGAAGAGCCGGUUCAGAUUGGCUCCAUUAUACAGAGAGACGGGGUCGAUGAGAUCCAGUUGGACGUGCGGAUCGAGGAGCCCGUCCCUUCUCCUCCAGCUGCCCAGGACUCUUUGCGUGUGACAGUUAACUAUUUAGGUCAGCAGGUUCUCGAGCGCCAAAUCCAGGGCACUGAUGUCCGGAUAACGUACUUGCCUUCCUCUCUCAUCCCUCCGACCCCGGCAGCCCUGAAAGGCAGGUUCCCACGCAUCCCCCUGCCGGAGCCUCCUUCUAGUCUGUCCCCCAGCCAAGAGCUGCAGGCCCUGCGCACCCUGCUGCCCUUCAUGGAGAAAGGGGUGGUGCUGACCAUCACGCCGCAGGGUGUUUACGGCAAACGCUUCUGCCAAGGUCGGGUCUUCUGGACGGGACCACACACGACCCUGCCGGGCCUCCACAAGAUGGAGAGAAACACAGAGCCGGUGCUGCUCUUCAGCAAAGAAACCUUUAAACAACAACUGGAUAACUUCCGUUCAAACGGUGGCGAGCCUCCUCAGUGCAGCAUCACUCUAUGCUUCGGUGAAGAACUGAGCAACACAGAAGAUGAUCUAUCCAGAAAACUCAUUAUUGUAAAGAUCACUUUACCGUGGGCAGAGCAGCAGGUCCAGAACGCUCAGUCCAUCUACGAGUCCAUCUCCAUCCUCCAGUCCCUGGCCAGCCAGUCUGGAGAAAUCACUCUGAACCUUGUCACCGUGCCAUCCGAGACUGUCGCCUGCGAGGGCUGACUGAGCACUCUGAGUCCUGAGGGGCUUUCGUGCCAAAAUAAAGACAUUCCCCCUCCUCCCAACUCUUUAAAAAUGACAGCAUGAAAUGCUGAGCAGACGUCACUUUUAUGAAAGACACUUUUUUUUUAGGGAUACCAAAUUUAAAGCGGAGAUCAGUUACUGAGCCUCUAAAAAUAAUACUGAUAAAAAAUAUAUCAUAUUAUUGAAAUUAACACAAAACAACUUUUAGCACUAAACAACAAAAAAAACUAGAAUCAACUUUAGCCCUUCAUCAUGUUAACUGGAGAUCAAAGAGUGAAUUUAAACAGAUUUCUUUUAACCUGUAAAUGGACGUUGAGCUGUGUGGUUGGACAUUGGUUGGUAUACUGGAAGCACUACAUGUAAACCAACACUGACAAGUCGUCUACUCGUGUCUAAAAAUAUCUUAUCUCUGUUCUUCAAUGGCUGCACAUAUAUUUUCCUCCAAUGCCAGUGGUUCCCAACCUGUGGCUCGGGACCCUCACAAAGGGUCGAAAGAUAAAUCUGAGAAGGAUAGGAAAGAAGGAUGGAAAUGUUUCUUGAUGUUCUUCUAAUCUGUGUUUUCUUUGUGAAUCACUGGAUUGUUUUAGAUGUUUCAGGCUUCAGGAUCACAAGCUAAACAGGUUGGAAACCACUGCUGUAAGUGUUUCUACUAUGCACUAUAUAUAAACCUUGCCUUGUUAGAUGUUUGUUUUCACAGUAAAUAAAAAGGGAAACAUACUGUAAGUAUAGUCAAAACUGAAAUACAUACCUGAAAUAU